GUUAGGGUAAGAGUUACGGUUAGGGCUAUCGAUUAGCACUACAUUAGCCUAACUCCACAAAGUAGCUCAACUCGACAGAACACCGGCGCCGUUUGACAGAAGUAUAUCGUUUAUCCAUCUAAUCUUCAGACGCAGAAAUUCAAGCAAAAAAGUUUCCUUAUCAUGCAUACGCGCAGCUGAUGCCAUCCCCACAAAGCGGGGACCGCCCGGAUCACCGGCAGCGCAUCUUCUCGCAUCUUCUCAUGCGGUGCCAUUACACUCUUCCCAUGCGCUAAAGUGCCAGCGGGGACAAUAACACGGGAUUUUCCUCAUCCCAAAUCUGUAAGUAUAACAAACGUACCUGACUGAAAAUGACCCGACAGUAAGCAGUUUCCGUGCCAACAAUCCCAGAACUUUUGUUUUUUCUCCUUCCCUGUGCACUGUUUCUACAGAGCCCCUAAUCGCCAGCCCUUCACUUGGGUACCUUCUUCUCUCAGCAAUAAGCCCAAAUGGACCUACACCGUGGUACUUUCAAAAUGGAGCGGUCCUCCUACCUGCCAAGCCCGUUAGCCUCGCCGGCCCUCAUGGUGCUGGCAUCCACGGCCGAGGCCGGUCGUGAUCCUUCCAUUCCCUGCCCACACCCCCGCCCGUUUGGUGCCCCUGUCUCUAUGGACAAGGAUGCGCAUAUUCCCUUUACUAACGGCUCCUAUACCUUUGCUUCUAUGUAUAACCGACAAGCCACGGUAUCCAGUAGUUUUCCAGCCCGGGAUUUCCCACCCUCGCUCCUGCACCUGCAUCCUCAGUUUGCUCCGGCUGCUGUUGACUGCUCACCCAUAGGCAUGCUCAGUCACAGUGCAGUGGCUGCCUUCCGGCCCUUCGCACCUUCCCCGGAAGAGCGCGACGGCUUGGGAUACCAGUCCGCCUUUACACCAGCCAAGCGUCUGAAGGGAUGCUUGGAAGCAGAGACCUCGGCCCUCUUGUACUACACAGAUUCAGAAGGGAAAGAAUAUGACUUUUUAGCUGGUCAGCUGCCGUCUAGCUCACCAGGCUCCCUGAAGGCCGCAGAAGAAACCAGAAAGAAAAUAUUUUCCAUUUCGGGCCAAUUGUCUGACCGCGAGACAUCAUCCAGCCCUGAGGACUGCAGUGAACAACUCAAGAAGAAGGCUUCCCUUUAUGACAACCAAGCACCGGUCUGCCCCAUAUGCCAAGUCAUUCUCCGGCCUGGUGAGAUGCAGGAGCACAUGGUACAGGAGAUGGAUCAGCUGAGCCACCUGCACCUCAGCAAGCUUACAGCCAACAAGGAUGGCAUGACUAGGGGCACACCUAAGUCUCUCGUUUUAUCCCUUCAUAUCAAAAGUGAGGAGGAGUCUGCCUCAUCUCUACACUGCUCUGAAUACAUUCACCAGUCUGACAGAUACCAGACAUUCUUACGAGUGAGGGCAAACAGACAAACACGGUUACACGCCCGCAUAGGGAAGAUGAAGCGCCAGAGGUCCGAAGAGGGGCAGAAGGAGUGUGUUAACAGAAGUGAAGAUGAAUCCACACAUAUCUCUGGAGAGAAUAAUACUCACUUAGAGGAAUACGAGUGGUGCAGGCAGAAGAGGUUACGGGUCCCUUCAGUGCUGGAACGAAGAUUUAGAGGUUUUGUUGCAUACAACUCCAAAGAGAAUCUUGACAGUGAUGUGGACCUGGAUGUGGAUGGGGACGACACACUGGAGUAUGGGAAAAUACAAUACAGCGAGACGGACGUGAUCUUAUGUUCAGGAGAUGAGCUUGGAGAGGCUCAGAAGCGAGAAGCUCUGCAGGGGGCCAGUUUGAAUGGUAGCAGUUCCUGUAGCAGAGUAACGUCUGAAUUUUCUAAACGGGCCAGCCAUGAAAUGCCAUCCACAAGCAUGGGGGACAGCAGCACGCAGGAUCUCUGCACAGACCCCACACAGAGAGCCUGUAAAUCCAGUGACAUCAAGAAGAUUAUUGACGACUCCACUCUGACUACAUUUGAAGCCCUGAAAUCUCGCAUUCGGGAGCUGGAGAAACAGCUGUCAAGGGGAGACCGUUAUAAGUGUCUCAUCUGCAUGGACGCCUACACAAUACCCCUGACUUCCAUACAGUGCUGGCAUGUACACUGUGAAGAGUGCUGGCUAAGGACUCUGGGAGCCAAGAAGCUGUGCCCGCAGUGUAACACCAUCACGUCUCCGGGGGACCUGAGGCGGGUUUACUUGUGAGGAAGCCAAUCAGCAACCAGCUCCCUGCUAUUUUCAGUUGUCUUAUCUCUUUCUUUCCUUUUUCUAGCAUAUGCAGUCAGCAUAUUCAUAUACUGUACAUGUCGUCUCUAUUUUUUCUGGAUCUCAAAAGCCUCAGAAAGGAGUGUUUUGUUUUGUUUUUGUCUGUGGACAUCAGGCCUAGAAAUUGUCAUCAUUAACCUCUUGUUAAAUGUAUUAUUUUGUAUAUCCAGACUCUAUUUUUCAAAUUGCAUCCUAUCCACCAUGUUUUGCAAGACUUCCAAAAAGUCCAUCUCUUGGUUCAUAAUGGAGGUAUAUCACACCAGCUUUGAAGUAAUGCUAUUUGUCUCUCCAAGUUCUGUUGCAUGAUAUUCUAUUGGGAGUACAAGAUGUUUCACAAAUGAUAUGGCACCUAUGUUUGUUUGAUUUGGUUGGAUUAAAAUAAUCACUUUGUCAAACAUUUUCUGGUGCCGAUGAAAAUAGAAGGCACUUUGUGAAACCUAAAAAAUAAACCUAAGGAGAGAAUGUAAGCACAUGCAAUAUAUGAUAAUUCACAGUGACUGUAGGAAAUAUUCACCUCCUCAACUGAAGUAUUUUAUAGAUAUAAAUCUAAUUUUUGAAAGGUAAAGUCAUUCAUUAUGAAACAACAGUGAAACUAUAGUGAAUUGCAGUUUGAAAAUGCUUCAUUACACAAGUUCUCAUCUCAUUUGAUAUGCUGCUGAGAUCAACAGAGUCUCUUCAUUUGUAUGCAAAAUUUCAAAACACAAUGACUGCAUCACCUGUCUCUGUAGUCCAAAAUAAACUGCUAAAAUGGCUGAGAUCAGGUGCACAGUAUUAUCUUAUAUUAAACAAGUUUUUUUGUUUUUGAUAGAUGAAGAAUGUAUACAGCCUUAUCCAAACUCUGCUCGGAUCAUCUUCUUCUUAUAGUAAAAUUUCAGGCCAAAGACAGCUGUGGAAGCCAAAGUCCAUAGGUAAUGUAUCUGAAAGGAUUCCGUUUAUAUGAAAUUGGUUUGGCCUUGCUGAAUAAUAAUAAUAAAUAGUGAUACAGACAACAUGAAGUACAGCACCAGUAACACAACCUCAGCUGUGAAAUGUGGAGUGUAAACGUCGUGUUUCCAGAUAACUUCUGCUGGGUGUAGAACACAAAAUGAAUGGGACUAAAUCCAACCAAAUCUUUAAGGAAAACAUACUCCAGUCAGCAAAUAACCAAAGACUGCCCUGCUGUUGUAAUAACCUGGAGACACUGGCGCAGCAAAAGUGGAGUGACUUUACAAACCAGAGAAUGAAUAUCUGGGAGAGGUCAAGGAGGUGAUUUCAGCUGAGAAGAUGCUGUAACAUUUAAAGAAUCCUUUUCCACCAAAGACCCCCUGUUAGUGGAGUUUUGCUGUGAAAUCGCUGCCAAAGUUAUUUCUAUGAAGUAUUAGUUUAUAGCAAUGAAUAGUUUUCUAAAUCAUGACUUAAACAUUUUUUCCCAUUGUUUCACUGUUGUUUCACAGUAAACAUUUUCUAGUUUCAUCAAACUGCUGCAGUGUAGAUUUGGUAGGAGAUUAAGUGUAUUAACAUUUGAAGCUGUAAGUAGAAAUAAUGUGGAAAAGGUUAUGGGGCUGAAUAUUUUCUAUGGGCACUGCUUUUUACAAUGUUUCUAAAUGAAAGACUGUUGAACAUUUAUACACAGGGGAUAUAGUAGGCUUUUGUAAAAGCUGUAUUAGAACACUUAUUGUAUUUUUUUAAACAAAUGUUAACUUAUUAAUGUUGUAUUUCAUUGUGCAGGGGAAGCGAUCAUAUAAAAAGUGAAUUACGUACAUUUUAAUUCAUUUAAAUGUGACAUUUGUACUUUGGAAUUUAUUAAAAGUAAAAUAGGUAGAAUAAAUAUAAAAUACAGGACUUUGUGGGCUAUUUGGCAGCAUAACAGCAUAACAUGAAAUCCAAAUAGAAUGUUCACUCAAUAUUUCAAUGUGGUUUCUCCCCCAAAGUGGGAUAGCUUGAAAACCCCAAUGAAAAACAAUGAACUUCAAGUCAACUGUAGCAAUGGGAUGUUCAGCUGAAAGCACAAACUGACACCAGCCUAGUCUGGGAGUGGUAUGUGAUAGCAGUGUUAUUAGCAUAUUUUUACCAAAAUGUUCUGUUUCUUUAAGAGCUUGCAGUUUUCAUAUGUGUUUAAUGCAGAAACUUAAUAAAGUGACUAGAAAAUAA